GUGGCCCUCCCAGCCAAGAUGGCUGACAGCAUCCCAUUAGCUCCGAUGCGGAAGAGCUCGAGGAGAAACCCUUACUACAACGCCAGCAGACAGUCAAGAUUCUCGCUAGAUGAUGAACCAUCCAAUCUGGAUGAAAUGCCUCUGAUGAUGUCCGAGGAAGGCUUCGAGAACGACGAGAGCGACUACCAGACGCUGCCCCGGGCCAGAGUCAACCACAGACACAGCAGAGGCCUCGGCUGGUUCCUCCUCGGGGGUUGGAAAGUGUUGUGUUGCAGCUGCUGCGAGCUGGUGGCCCGCAUGUGUCGGCGGAAGAAGGAGCUGAAGGCCCGCACCGUCUGGCUGGGCUGCCCGGAGAAAUGCGAAGAGAAGUUCCCCAAGAAUUCCAUCCACAACCAGAAGUACAACGUCUUCACCUUCGUGCCGGGGGUGCUCUACCAGCAGUUCAAGUUCUUUCUCAAUCUCUACUUCCUGGUGGUCUCCUGCUCCCAGUUUGUGCCCUCACUGAAGAUCGGAUAUUUGUACACCUACUGGGCGCCGCUGAGCUUCGUGCUGGCCGUCACCAUGGUGCGCGAGGCGGUGGACGAGGUGCGGCGCCACCAGCGGGACAAAGAGAUGAACUCCCAGCUCUACAGCAAGCUGACGGUGCGCGGUAAAAUUCAGGUGAAGAGCUCAGACAUCCAAGUCGGGGACCUGAUUAUUGUGGAGAAGAACCAAAGGAUUCCCGCGGACAUGAUAUUCCUGAGAACGUCUGAGAAAACCGGAGCGUGCUUCAUCAGGACCGACCAGCUGGACGGAGAGACGGACUGGAAGCUGAAAGUGGCCGUCGUCUGCACGCAGCGGCUUCCGGCAGUCGGGGACCUGUUCUCCAUCAGCGCGUACGUCUACGCCCAGGCACCUCAGCUGGACAUCCACAGUUUUGAGGGCAACUUCACGCGGGAAGACGCAGACCCUCAAGUCCAUGAGAGCCUGAGCAUCGAAAACACUCUGUGGGCCAGCACCGUGGUGGCCUCCGGCACCGUGAUCGGCGUGGUGAUCUACACGGGCAAAGAGACCAGGAGUGUACUCAAUACAUCCUAUGCCAAGAACAAGGUUGGCCUGCUGGACCUGGAGCUGAACCGACUCACCAAGGCCCUGUUCUUGGCCCAAGUGGUUCUGUCCAUCGUCAUGGAAGUCCUGCACGGAUUUGUGGGUCUGUGGUUCCGCAAUCUCUUCCGAUUUGUGGUGCUCUUCUCGUACAUCAUCCCUAUAAGCUUGCGUGUCAAUCUGGACAUGGGGAAGGCCGCCUACGGCUGGAUGAUCAUGAAGGAUGAAAACAUUCCCGGCACUGUGGUGAGGACCAGCACCAUUCCCGAGGAACUGGGCCGGCUGGUCUAUCUGCUGACGGACAAAACAGGCACCUUGACACAAAAUGAGAUGAUCUUCAAGCGCCUGCACCUUGGAACCGUGUCCUACGGUACGGACACUAUGGAUGAGAUCCAGAGCCUCAUAGUCCAGUCCUACGCUCAGGGUACCUCAUCCGGUGGUGGCACCGGCGGCGCCACGGCAUCCCAGAAGUCGGCGGGUCCAAAAGUCCGCAAGAGCGUCAGCAGCCGCAUUCACGAAGCGGUGAAGGCCAUUGCCCUUUGCCACAACGUCACGCCCGUCUACGAAACCUACGGCGGCGUCAACGGCGAGACCGAGUCCGCUGAGGCCGACCGGGACUUCAGCGAUGACAACCGUACCUAUCAGGCCUCCAGCCCCGAUGAGGUGGCGCUGGUGCGUUGGACGGAGAGCGUCGGCCUGACCCUGGUGAACAGAGACCUGACCUCCCUGCAGCUGAAGACUCCCUCCGGACAGAUCCUGUCCUUCCACAUCCUGCAGAUUUUCCCCUUCACCUCCGAGAGCAAACGCAUGGGCAUCAUCGUCAGGGAGGAGUCGACGGGAGACAUCACUUUCUACAUGAAGGGUGCCGAUGUCGCCAUGGCAAGCAUCGUCCAGUACAAUGAUUGGCUGGAAGAGGAGUGUGGCAACAUGGCCAGAGAAGGUCUGAGAACAUUGGUGGUGGCCAAGAAGUCGCUGUCCGAGGAGCACUAUCAGGACUUUGAGAACCGCUACAACCAGGCCAAGCUGAGCAUCCACGACCGAGCCCUGAAGGUGGCGGCCGUGGUGGAGAGCCUGGAGAGGGAAAUGGAGCUCCUCUGUCUCACCGGUGUGGAGGACCAGCUUCAGGCAGACGUCAGGCCCACGCUGGAGCUGCUCAGGAACGCUGGCAUCAAGAUCUGGAUGUUGACUGGAGAUAAGCUGGAAACUGCAACGUGUAUCGCCAAAAGCUCACACUUGGUCUCCCGGAACCAAGACAUCCAUGUUUUCCGACCGGUGUCGAACAGAGGCGAAGCCCAUCUGGAGCUCAACGCCUUCAGGAGGAAGCACGACUGUGCCCUGGUCAUCUCUGGAGACUCCCUGGAGGUGUGCCUGCGCUACUACGAGCACGAAUUUGUGGAGCUGGCCUGCCAGUGCCCGGCCGUGGUUUGCUGUCGCUGCUCACCCACCCAGAAGGCCCAGAUUGUCACGCUUCUCCAGCAGCACACCGCCAACAGGACCUGUGCCAUAGGUGAUGGUGGGAAUGACGUCAGCAUGAUCCAGGCUGCAGAUUGCGGUAUCGGAAUAGAAGGAAAGGAAGGGAAGCAGGCGUCGUUGGCGGCCGACUUCUCGAUCACGCAGUUCAAGCACAUCGGGCGUCUCCUCAUGGUGCACGGCAGGAACAGCUACAAGCGCUCGGCGGCCUUGGGUCAGUUUGUCAUGCACCGAGGCAUGAUCAUCUCGGCCAUGCAGGCCGUCUUCUCCUCCGUAUUCUACUUUGCCUCAGUUCCCUUGUACCAGGGAUUCCUCAUGGUCGGUUACGCCACCAUCUACACCAUGUUCCCCGUCUUUUCCUUGGUGCUGGAUCAGGACGUCAAGCCUGAGAUGGCGCUGCUCUACCCGGAGCUCUACAAAGACCUCACCAAGGGACGCUCGCUGUCCUUCAAGACCUUCCUGAUUUGGGUUUUGAUCAGCAUCUAUCAAGGGGGCAUCCUCAUGUACGGCGCGCUGGUCCUUUUCGAGUCGGAGUUCGUGCACGUGGUGGCCAUCUCGUUCACGGCGCUCAUCCUGACCGAGCUGCUGAUGGUGGCGCUGACGGUGCGCACGUGGCACUGGCUCAUGGUGCUGGCCGAGUUCUUCAGCCUGGGCUGCUACCUGGCCUCCCUGGCUUUCCUCAACGAGUACUUUGGCAUAGGCAGAGUGUCCUUUGGAGCUUUUCUUGACUUGUCCUUCAUCACCACCUGGCCUUUCCUGUGGAAGGUGUCGUGCAUCACGCUGGUCAGCUGCCUGCCUCUCUACAUCAUCAAGUACCUGAAGCGCAAGUUCUCCCCCUCCAGCUACUCCAAACUGGCCUCCUGAGGUGAGACAACGGCGGGGCUUCUUUUGCGCACUUUUUUAACCUUCGCCCGGUCGCCGCUGACCCCGGUGAGGGCGACGUGGAUGAAGGUCAGUGAACCACUGGAGCAAACAGACACUUUUUUUUCCAAUCUCUGAGGUUACUUGAACACAUCAAGCACAUGAAAAUAUGACGUUGGUGAGUAUGUACUUCAAUUCAAACCUCCAAGUGUCAUUUUUAUACUUUUAUAGCUUUUUUUUACGCUCCCUGACACUGGCAGGUCUUUGAGACAUUUCAUUAGUAUUUUUGAAGUACAGUUAAAUCAGUAUGAAUGUGCUCAGUGUAAGCAUGCUGGCGUUGUGCCUCAUUACCACAUAUCUCAUUGGUUGUUUAACAAUCACACGUCUUUGCUGUGUAUGCUGCGUCGGGGAUGAGUUUUAUGAUUCCCACAAGGUGUUUUGACAAGGGAGACGACUAAAGUGGGAUGAAGGUCUUUUUUGGAAGUAACAGUGUGAGACGGUUCAUCUGUCUGUACGUUAUAUUAUGAAGCCAUCGUAAUUUUGAAAAGUUGGUGGAAAUGUUGUCAAAAGGUUCAUUCCUGUGUCUUGUUCACGUGCUUUUUUUUAUGUCCUGCACUGCAAUCUCAAAACGUGUAGCUGCUAUUUUAUGACAUUCUUUUUCAUUCACCAAUAAAUAAAUAAAAAGGAAGAAAUGACACUUUAAUUAGCCUGCAUCCUAUUAUUUGACCUGCACGGUCGUCAUUUGGCCACUAGAUGGAGACAAAGAUUUGCUUGACACUAUUAACAGUGGUUGAAAAAAAUAAGUAUAAUCAUAGGAUGAUGGUUCAUUAAAAUGACACUUUAAAAAGCAUCUAUUUUAUUAUAUCGUCUACAAGGUCAUCAUUUGGCCAUUUUGGAUGAAUCAGAGUUGACUGCUUUAAACUAUCAUUAUAGUUUAUAAGUACAAUUAUAAGUAUAAUCAUGCAAAUGGCUGCACAGUCAGGAGAUGGGUUCAAAUCUCCACUCGGCCAUCUCUGUGUGGAGUUUACAUGUUCUCUUCCCACUUUCCAGUCGCUAUAGGGGUGUUAUUUCAUGUGUAGAGGGCUUUAAUGAUGGUAAACGGUAUAUUUAAAAAGUGGUAACCAGGUUUUCUAUACUCAAACUGCCAACAUAAAAAAUAAUGCUGGGAUAGGCUCCAGCAUACCCGCCCGAGGAUUGUGAAGAAUUGACUGCUUGAAAGUUUUAAACUGAUUGAUUAUGGAUUUACCACAUAUGAAUACAAAUUAUUUGUAUGAAAUACUAAAUAUACAUCUGACCUGAGCUGCAGGGCCAUUAUUUGGCCACUAGAUGGAGACACACACUGACUGCUUGUGACUGCUUGAGCCUGUUCAACAGUGAUUAAAUAUGUUUUUUAAAUAGUUAUAAUAUAAUAUCACACAUACUGGCUGCAAAGUUGCCCUUUAAAUCUGAACUUCCCCAUCAAAUUGAAAAAUAAAGCACAUGAGCGUGUUUGACAUGAAGCUAACUGCAGUAAUUACACCAUGUGCCUUUCAGAGAACCAUUUAAUGUAUACUGAAAACAAAACAAGAUGUGUUUAGCGUGCAAUCUAAAGCAGCCGUGGGACACCCGUGCAAUGUGUUAUCAAUUUCUGCUGAAGAGGAGGAGGAAGUAGUUUGUGGAUGCGUGGAGGGCGAGCCACCCUGUGAUGAAUGUGAU